ACGUUCUCGGAAUUUAUGAGAGCUGGAGAGAACGGGUUUUGUUCUUCCAGGACCACCGAGGUCCAGUCUCAAGCUGACUGUGGAAGGAGGAUGACCAGCGGGCGUUUGCUGUUUGUGUGUUUGGUUCUUACGCUAGUGGCGAGUGUGACGCCCCAGGAAUGUUCACCGUGUGAUGACGACGAGUGUCCGACCCUGGCUCCCAAGAGCUGCAUCUGGGGCAUGCUGAAGGACCCAUGCUUAUGCUGCCACGUCUGUGCCAAGGGUCCAGGAGAAGAAUGUGGUGGACGUUCACUGGAAUUUGGCGUCUGUGGUCCAGGUUUGACAUGCAUCAUUUCCCAGGGAGACCCUGACGCCAAGGGUGUGUGCAAUAUGAGAUUCCUCGCAACUCAUUUCUACCCGUACAGAGGGAGUCAGGCUGUGAAGCAGCAGUAAAGGACCUUCUGCCACCCUUGCAGGUGUUGCUCUACACCCGUGGGUCAGCCAUCAGUGUGGAAUUCCGUGCCACUCAAAGCAGUGUGAAAAUCUUAAAAUAAAUCGGGUUCAAACCCGUGGUAGGCGAAUCCUCAAUUCAACCCCACCUGUUCUGUAAUUGGUUUGCAAUUACGAUUUCUUGACUCAGUGUGCAAAAAUUUAUAAUAAACUUUCUUGUUGCAAAUACU